AUAAAAAUGAACCGGUUCACUUUCAACUUACUUUCAACUUGCCUUUGAUCACCCAGCUACCCAACAACGAUGAUAUCAAUCUCAAUAGUGCGGACUGAUCAUGAUAAUCUGACUUCUUUUGAGCUAGUUUCGAACGUAUAUUCCUCGCAUCCAUCGCGGUAAGGCAUAGAUCAGGCACAGACAAGGCACAGACGGUAGAAUCCUUCUCCUCAAAAGAAGGGAGUUGAAGAAUAACUACAGCACAGUGUACUACUAUCAGCGAUGGAUAGCCCUAUCACCGUCCUCACCACCCUUCUCGUUGCAAUCGGUGUCUCAUUGCUUUGGUUUCGAGGCGUCCGGAAGGACUAUCCUCCCGGACCCCCUCCCAUCCCAGUUCUAGGAAACGUACUCGAUUUCACGCUCAAAGAGCUAUGGAUUACCGCAGCCAAAUGGACUCGAGACUAUGGCGAUGUGUGUCGACUCCGCGUCCUUAAUUGGAACAUUGUAUUUCUCGGAAGUUACGAAGCUGCCGAUCAGCUACUCGAGAAAAGAGGUGCCAUCUACUCCGAUAGACCGACCCUACAGAUGUCAGGUGAAUUGUGUGGCAUCGAGAAAUUGGUUCCACUCUCGAAGUACGACGCGACCUUCAAGUCUCAGAGAAGACACAUCCAGCAUACCAUCGGAACACGCGUCAUCCCAACUUAUUACCCCCUCAUCCAAUCUCAAACACUAACCGUCCUUCGCUCUCUCGUUGAUACACCUGAGGACUACGUUACACACCUUCGAAAUCUGACCGGCGGUCUGUCUCUCUCGGUCGUGUACGGUCACAGCCCACAAGAUGGCAACGACAAAUUUCUCCUCAUGGCCACCGAGUGCUUAUCGAUUCUGGCCAACGACAUCACCAGUGGGGGCGGUAUUUGGGCGGUAGACGUGUUUCCCUUCUUCCGACAUCUCCCAGCGUGGUUUCCCGGAGCUGGAUUCAAGAAGAAGGCGCAGAUAUGGAAGGUCAAGAUGCAGGAGUUCGUUGACGCGCCUUUUCUGCACGCUAAGAAGUGUGUGGUCGAAGGUACUAUACUACCUUCUUUCUGCUCAAAGAUGCUUCUGGACCAGUCCGAAGAUACAAAUGAGGACAUGAUCAAGCAUAGUGCCAACUCGAUGUUCGCGGCGAGCGCGGAUACGACUAUUACCACUAUGUCUCAGUUCAUCCUAGCGAUGCUGCAAUACCCAGAGGUCAUGAGGAAAGCGCAGGAAGAAAUAGACCGCGUGGUUGGAACAGGUCGCCUCCCAGAGUAUAGAGACAGAGAGUCGCUGCCGUAUGUCGAAGCCGUUCUAUCAGAAGUGUGGCGUUGGGGUGUACCAUCACCCCUCAACUUACCUCAUUGCUCAACGGAGGACGAUUUUUACAGAGGGAUGUUCAUCCCCAAGGGGACUAUUGUGGUUGCUAACUUAUGGUCGGUGUCAUGUCCCUCUGUACGGCCGUCCCUCGCUUGACAGUACAUCCUUAGGGCAAUGCUACGAGAUGAGACAUUGUAUCCGAAUGCUAACUUAUUCGAUCCUGAACGGUUUUUCAAUGUGGACAAGGAACUGAGAGCCAAAAUAGAUCCCCGAAAUGUAGUGUUUGGGUUUGGGCGCAGACGAUGUCCUGGAGUGGACCUGGCUGAGUCGGCUAUUUGGCUGCUCGUCGUUUCAAUGCUUGCUACGUUGAACAUAUCCAAGAAGGUCGAUAGAGAAGGUGGGAUUAUUGAACCCAAGGUGGUCUACAGCAACUCCUUCUUUCGUGUACCCGAUAGAAUAGUCUUCGACAUUAAGCCGAGGUCAAGGCAAGCCCUCGAGUUGAUUGCUGAGAUGUGAGGUUGGCCAGAGCACAUAUCUGGUUGUAAUCUAUGUUUGUUUUUUCCAAACGCACGUACGGUAUUCAAAUUAUCGUUAGCGGCUCCAA